AUGGAUACCACCAACUCGACCAUGCCCGACACCCCAUUGUCUUUCGCAUGGGAAAAGAUUGAUCCAGCGAAUGUCAGCGAACGCCGCCUCUACUUGAAGGCGUUUUAUGUGUUAGUGUGGCAGGUGAGCGAAGAAGAUCUUGCCUCCUACACAGAGAAGAACGUGGUGAAAGCCUGCGGACGUAUCUUCCACAAGGGGCAUGCUCGUGUUGGCACCCGGUUCUUCGACUGGUUCGCCGACAUGACUCUGUGGAUCUUCGCCCACCAUGUCGGAAACGCCAAAAUGCCACCGUUUCCGUGGCCGGAAUUUACCCUUGGCUCCCAAGAUGUGGAUGACCCGGACUCGCCUGUAUACGCCCGUUUUGUGGCGUCAGAGAAUGGCAAGAUUGCUGCGCAAACGACUCAAUCUGCCCCCGCGGCUGCUCAGAUGACGGAUCCUCUCAUCAUCGACCUCGAGAAGCGACAGGCCGCCUGGAGUUUGUUUUUCGGCGAGGUCAAUCACCGUCUGCCAACAUGCGGCCCCUUCGAGGUUCUACUCCCCCGGUGGCUCAACUUCGAGACGAAAGUUUGGGGCCCCGAAGGCCAACAGCUCGAGCGCAUCAACGAGCAUCUCAUUGUGUCUGGCCUGGCGGUUUCUUGGGCCUUCGACAAGGAGGACGACGCCAAACCCGAGAAGUUGAUUGUGGGUUUCUCGGAGGGCAACCGCCUUUGCAACUGGGCAAUGCUGCAGAGCGUCUGGUCCGCUGUCUUUCUCUGGGCCAAGGACCUUUACGAGGGUAAGGUCAGAACCUUGGCUGACCACUUGGAAAUGAACCUCUUGUUGAGAAUGGACAUGGACAUGCAAAUGUAUCUGAGCGCUGUUGAACCGGCCGAGCUUGCCUUCAAUAAGGCCCAGGAAAACAUGUUGGCCGUCAAGGAGAGAUCUGACAGGCACGAUGCCGCCGUGACAACGCUGCGGGAUGAGGUUAUCGAGCUCGGGAAGAACGGAUACGCCUUUGUGUCAUUAAUGGCUUGGAUUUUCAAGGAACAGAUCGAUCGUGAGGGCGCACUCGCUCGUAUCCAAGUGGCUGAGCAAAUCUGGACGUCGGUUUGCCACCGAGACGAUAUGGCGACGGUUCUUAAGGCCACAGGUGAUGCCCGCAAGGCCCUUGGAUAUGAAUAA